CGAAAUUUCAUCUCCAUGCUCCCUCCCGAGGUCAUUUCGCCCAUUCACGCCGCGUAACGUCGUACAUUGUAUGAUAAUUGUAUGACGAUACGUGUAAAAACUUCCAUGGCCCGUUAGCUAUGGUGGUUAUAUAAGCCUUAUCUAUCAGUAGACGUAGACUCAUUUUGAAGCCGUCUAUGUAGAAUUGAAUGUCUAACAGGUUAUUUGCUACGUACCCGUAUUAGGCUUCCUAUGCGGAUGGACGUGAAUUAUACAUUCGUGAACCUUACUUAGGCGGCUAUUCAACGACGUCAUACGCGUCCCGAUCUACUUACGUAGUACGGUACUAAACCCUCAGAUGGGUCGACUAGAGCCGCCACCGUCCCGGCCGCAGCGUCGACGUAUAACUACCGCGAGCACCAUCUUUACGAUACUGCUUAUAGCGCUACUAUGCUACACGCGUUAUAGCGAACAACUAUUGCCCAUUGUGCCAACAAUAAUGACGCAAGACGACCAAUCCCAAUCUCAUGUCUCCCUGACGAAACCAACCCUCCUCGCCUCCUUACCUCCCUCCGCCCUACCUAGACCCCACGGUGGCCCCCACUCGCCUCGCCUGAUCAUGAUCGGUGAUGUACACGGGCAGCUCGACGCGCUGGACGCGCUGCUUGCCAAAGUUGGAUACUCGAGCGCGCGAGGCGAUACGGUUAUUUUCACGGGGGAUAUGGUGAACAAGGGCCCAAACAGCGGGGGUGUAGUAGACCGCGCCGUGGAGAUAGGCGCAUACAGCGUGCGCGGUAACCACGAAGACCGCGUGCUGCGAGCGUGGGCUGAAAUGCAGGCCGAUGCAAAUACAGAUACAGAUACGGACACAGAAAUAGAUGAAGAAGCGGAAGGGGACGCAGAGGCAGAAGGGAAGAAGAAGAAGAAGAAACACGGGCAUAAGCACAAGCAUAAAGGUAAGAAAGGAGACCGCAAAACGGCAAAGAGCCUCACAUCAGCCCAGCGCUCCUGGCUUGCCGCGCGGCCCGUCAUCCUGCACGUCGGUACUAUAUCUCCGUAUUACGGGGACGUGGUGGUUGUACACGGGGGUCUAGUCCCCGGCAUAGCGCUCGAGAAGCAAGACCCGCAAGUAGUCAUGAACAUACGGACUAUUAUUAUGCCCUCCUCUUUCUCCCCCGAGUCCUUCCUCGAUUCCCUAGAUUCAUCUAUCGACUCCUCUUCACACCCACACCUAAAGCCGAGCGAGGGCCGCGAAGGACACCCUUGGUCCAAGGUAUGGAACACAUUGGAGAAGGCGAAACGGAAGAAAGGGCGCCACGGAACGCCAACAACAACGACAACGACAACCGUAGUCUACGGCCACGACGCCAAGACCGGUCUCAGCAUACGGCGGUACGCCUUCGGACUAGAUAGUAACUGUGCGCGAGGCGGGGAGUUGACAGCGCUUAUAUUCGAGCCGACUUCACCUUCCACCACCGUCUCCAACCCUCCAAACGACAACAGCGACAGCAAUAGCAACGACGUAGACGAAGAUGCAGAAAUAACAGCAUCCGAAAAGCUCGAGCAGGCCAAACACGGCAUAACGCAUCGACUCGUCAGCGUCGCCUGUCGACCUCACUAGCAAACUUAUGUAAAUAAUACACCGGGACGAGAACCGGGGCGAGGAGGGCGAGGAAGAAGCCCAGGAUAAGCAAGAUAAGGAGGAGUAGGCCGACAAUGGUGAAGAGGAAGGUGAAUAGAGAGACCCAGAAGGCUACGGAUAGAAAACCCAUUGUGUUUGUGGUUGGCUGGAUUUGGAUUGGAUCCUUAGAUCGGUAGAGUUUAUUUGUCGGGGCUAUUUGGCCAGAAAGAUAACGAUGGUAGUGUUGCAGUGGGCAGUGGUAUGAUCUUGUUGGGAGAUCAUAUCUAACCCGACGUAUCUGCAUAUUCAUAAUGCAUGGCGGUGGCGUUUCUGCGUUUGUGUACCAGUAGGUAUACCAAUUUGCAUACAUUAUACCUAAGGCAAGGUAUCCAAUACCAACACAAUACCUAAUAAAAAGAUAUUUCGACUGGUCACAUUUUCCGUAGUAUUCCAUACGACAUCAUAGGUUAAUUAAAAAGCAUCGGUUAAACCCUCUAAAUUUUGGGUUUCGACUAUGGACUUCAUAGUAGAAAUCUGCCGGUCCUAUAUUCGCCAAGCAGAUCCCUUACAACUGAACUUGUUGUUACCCCGGAAGCGAAAGAGGCCAAAUUCACUAUGCAUUCUAGAAACUCCUAAACAACCGAUUUCUCAAUGCACAAUUGCCCUGUGCCCCUUUUUUGCCUAUCGGCGUCGUUGAUUUACGCCGAGAUCUUCUUCUUGAGGAU